GUCUCUGUGUGCUCCAUGUUGAGGACACUAGGAUGCAUGACUCUUUCAGAUGCGAAAUUUGUGUGAACAUUUAGAAAUGUUGCUCAAAGAAAUAAAAAGUGUAUGAUGAAGUGAUAGGAUCCCUUUUAAGUGGAUGGUGGGCCCCUGAACCCUACGGGACAGGGAUAUCAUCACCGUCUCCGGGCUGAGGAGUGUAGUUUUAAACGAUGUGCUGCUCCGUGGCUCUUUUGCUCUGCUGUGUGAUCAUCUUUCUGCACGGCGCAUCAUCAGUGGAUCUGCAGCCGCACAUGCCGAAUGUGUGUGAAGAGCAGGAGAUGUCUAUGCUGGGUGUGAGGCAGCCGUGCGUUCAGGUGUUCACGCAAAUGGUGAAGGUGUGGCGGCAGGGCUGCUCACCUAAGCGAUGGUGUAUGGGUUAUGAGAGGAGGACAGGGUAUUAUACGGUAUAUAGGCAGGUCUAUAAUAUGGAGAUGCAGACUGUCUACAGAUGCUGCCCAGGAUGGAUGCGGAAAGGAGAAGAUAGAGGCUGUUUGCAUAGAGUGUGUUCUGGUACCUGUUUUAAUGGAGGCAAGUGUUCAGAGACAGGUGACCAGGUAUGUCAGUGUCCAGAAGGGUUUGAGGGAACACGCUGCCAAUACGAUAUAAAUGAGUGUGCACACAGUAACGGAGCGUGUGAAGGCACAUGCUGUAACACCAUUGGCAGUUAUUACUGCAAGUGCCCUGAUGGCAGUAAACUAGGAGCUGAUGGGAAAUCUUGCCAAGAUAUAGAUGAGUGUGAGGAGAUGAAUGGUGGUUGUCAGCAGACAUGUGUUAACACACUUGGUUCGUACCACUGUGAGUGCAGCGAGGGAUUCCGCAUACAUACUGAUGCUCGCACAUGUAUAGCUGUGAACUCCUGCUCUGGUAAGAACGGAGGUUGUGAGCACAGGUGUGUUGACUUGGGAGACAAUCAGUUCAAGUGUGAAUGUCGCCAUAACUACCAGCUCAAAAGAGAUGGCAAACACUGCGAAUUGAAAGACCCCUGUAAAGAGCGUAAUGGUGGAUGUUCUCAUACCUGUAGCAGUGUGAAUGGACAGGCUCAAUGCAGCUGUAGAUCAGGAUACAGACUAGCCACUGACCACCAGAGAUGCGAAGACAUAGAUGAGUGUGUGUCCAGUAAGGCUAAAUGCUCUCACAGUUGUGUUAACAUGCCGGGAUUGUUUAGAUGUGUGUGUAAUCCUGGAUUUGAGCUGGGUGCAGAUGGGAAACAGUGCUACCGUAUAGAGAUGGAGAUCGUGAACGGCUGUGAGAAAAACAAUGGUGGCUGCUCUCAUCACUGUGAACACACCACCAGCAACCCCCUAUGCUCCUGUAACCAAGGUUAUCAACUCGCUGAGGACCUCAAGACAUGCAUAGACACAGAUGAGUGUGACAGUGGGGAAGCAUGCUGUAGUCAAUAUUGUAAGAAUUAUCCAGGUGGUUACGAGUGCAGCUGUAGACCUGGAUACACACUCAACCCCAGCGGAUGCACUUGUGAUGACAUUGAUGAGUGUGUAUCAGAGACGUCAGGCUGUGCCCAGUACUGUGUGAACGCUCUGGGCUCUUUUGAGUGUUUCUGUCAGGUGGGAUUCAGACUGGAUUAUGACCAAAGAUCAUGCUUACCUCUGUAUGAGAGGGACUUGGAGGAGGAGGAAGAAGAAGGUGUGGGGGGCGCUGAGGAUGAGCCAGAGGUGCUGCGUAUGCCAGACUUAUUAUUCCAUCGCCCCCCUCAGCUGCUACAUUAUACCUCCGCUUUAAGUAGACCGUACGAAGACGAUGACACACACACUCACUACUCAGGACACACACACAGCGAAGAGCAGAGAGAGGAGCUGACGGUCAUCAGCAAGAUUAUGUGUGCGGAGGGUUCGUUCGGUGACGACUGCAGUCUGACCUGUGAGGACUGUGUUAAUGGAGGGGUGUGUGCAAUAGAGAAAGAUCGUUGUGAGUGUACACCUGGUUGGAUUGGUGUCAUCUGCAAUGAGACAUGUGUUGAGGGGACAUAUGGCAUACACUGUAACAGUCUGUGUGUAUGCCAAAAUGGGGGCCAAUGUGACCCAGCAACCGGGAAAUGUGUGUGUCCUCCAGGGGUCAGUGGUCUGCAUUGUGAAAAUGGUUGUCCACACGGUUUCUAUGGAAGGUUUUGUCAAAGGAGUUGUAACUGCCCCAAUAACGGACACUGUCAUCAUCUCUAUGGGGGAUGCCUCUGUGCCCCUGGUCUCUAUGGCAAAUUCUGCCAUCUAUCAUGUCCAAAGUGGACUCAUGGAGCAGGUUGCUCAGAAGAAUGCAAAUGCUUGCAGGAAAACUCUCUCUCUUGCGAUCCCCAAAAAGGCACUUGCUCUUGUAAACCUGGUUACCACGGCGACCACUGCCAGACAGAAUGUGAGCAUGGUGUCUAUGUUGAUGGCUGCCAUAAACGAUGUAACUGCUCUGAUGGUAAGUCAUGUGACCCUAAAACUGGAGAGUGCCAGAAGAAUUGCCCUGCUGGAUAUUACGGAGAAAAAUGCCAACUGGAGUGCCCAGCAGGGUUUUGGGGAGAAGGGUGUGUGUUCCUGUGCCCGGUGUGUGAGAACGGAGCAAAAUGUGACACGCAGACCGGGUUGUGUAACUGCACGGCUGGGUACACAGGAGCCACCUGUCAGGAUAUUUGUGAGGCAGGUUUUUGGGGUGCAGGCUGUCCCAAUGUAUGCCAGUGUUCGAGUAAUGCAGUAACCUGUAUGGCCAGCAGUGGGCGCUGUGUUUGUGUGCCUGGAUACACUGGAGAACGAUGUGAACAGAAGUGUCUUGAAGCCUGGUACGGGUCAGAUUGUAAGCAAGUGUGUGAGUGUGAAAACGGAGCCAAAUGUGACCACAUCAGUGGAGCCUGUACCUGUACCCCUGGCUGGGUGGGAACACACUGUGAAAUGAGAUGUCCUGUUGGGUUUUACGGGCAGGACUGCACACAGAUGUGCCAGUGCGGGAAUGGAGCCCAGUGCCACCACAUCACAGGCGCCUGCCGCUGCACCCCUGGCUGGGCACUGCCGCAGUGCAUCCUGGCCUGUCUAGCGGGUACAUUCGGUCAGAACUGCAGUCAGCCAUGUGACUGCAACAAUGAAGGGUCAUGUAACCCAGUCAGUGGCCAGUGCAGAUGUACACCUGGAUGGACUGGAACCAACUGCCAACAGACUUGCACACCUGGCUGGUACGGUACAAACUGUGAACAGAGAUGCAUCUGUCCAGCUGGCGUGGCCUGUGAUCGUGUGACUGGCACAUGUGGGUGCCCAGCGGGGUACACUGGGAACAGCUGUGAGAUGAUGUGUCCUCUGGGCAGAUAUGGUGUGAACUGUUCUCAAGUGUGCACAUGUUCUAGAGAAAAACAGAGCUGUCACCACGUCUCUGGGAAAUGCAUCUGUCCACCUGGUUACUAUGGCAACCAUUGUCACCUCAGAUGUCGAGAGGGCACCUACGGGCCAUACUGUAAAAAGCGGUGCAGAUGUGCCAAUGGAGGGCGAUGUGACUUCAGGACUGGCUCUUGCCUCUGCCAGCCUGGAUACUUGGGACCUGACUGCAACACCAGUUGUCCAACGGGGCGGUACGGAAAAGACUGUUUUCAGGUGUGUUCAUGUGGGGAAGGAGGACGAUGCCACCCAGUGACUGGAAGAUGUAACUGCGCCCCUGGUAGAAUGGGACAGUCCUGCGAACAAGUGUGCUCAAGAGGACGCUAUGGGGCGCAGUGUCGGAGAUUGUGUACGUGUGCGAACGGAGGUGUGUGCGACCCUGCAGAUGGGACGUGUAGAUGUCGGUUGGGCUGGACUGGGCAACACUGUGAAAGAGCGUGUAUUCCAGGUCACUAUGGAGUGAACUGCGAGCAGGAGUGUUUGUGUCAGAAUAACGGAACAUGUGAUCGUUUUACGGGGUGCUGCUCUUGCCCGUCUGGAUACUACGGCCCCGCCUGCCAACACCAAUGUCCUGCUGGCUCUUUCGGCGAACUCUGUGCACAAUCAUGUGACUGCAGUCAAGGACAACUUUGUGAUCACAUGACGGGACACUGCGCGUGUCCUCCAGGUUACCACGGUGAACAUUGUGAAAAAAGUUGUGAGGCUGGGCGUUUUGGCCGUGGUUGUGCUGAACUCUGUGAGUGUGAUGGGGCUCCCUGUAAUUCUACCACUGGACAGUGUCUAUGCCCACCCGGAAAGACUGGAGAACACUGCGAGAAAGUAUGUGACAGUGGGUCAUAUGGUCCAGGCUGCUCUUUCUCAUGUCAGUGUGCUCAUGGAGGCCAGUGUGACCAGCACACAGGACACUGUUUCUGUCCUCUCAACUGGCUGGGACCAACUUGUGAGGAAGGUGCUUUGGUAGACCAUGUGCUCUCUCAUGUAAAGAAGUGGAGACGGCGUGUUUCACACUCCUAGUCCUGCUACGAGCACACACACACACACACUCCACUAACAUCCCACUAGAAGGCGAGUGGCAUGGGUGAAUGAGUAUGUGAGUGGAGAUAAGGCUUGUAUUAUGGGUUUUUCCCCCAGACAAGCAAGCCACAGAAGAACAAGUACAAGGAAGCAAUGCUACACAACAAAGACACACAAGCGUACCUUCUAGACACAAAGAAGAUCACUAACAGUCUGUCAGUGAAUAUGUGUAUGUUUGUGUCUUUCUAGGUAAUCAUUCGGUAUACGUUUGUAAGCAGGUCUGCAUUUAUGAACGUGUCAAUAAUAUGAUCAUCACGCACAUUACAGAGGACAAGUUGGACAUGACAUUAGUGUCAUGAGCUCUGUGCGUGUGUGUGUGUGUGUGUGUGUGUGUGUGUGUGAGUACACUCUCAAUUCCUUUCAAAGCAAACAUCCCACAACAGUCAGUCAGACCAAACCAUGCGAUCAGCCAAACGCCCACCAUGCCAAAAAGCCCAACCAAACUUCUCUAUUAUAGGAUCAGAGUUAACCCGCAACCGCUCAUUUCUAUAGUACAUACCACAAAUACACAGCUAAAGUGCCACUCAAGUGGCCUCCCAUCGGAAUACCACCACACACAAUCGGCUUUCUUCCGUCCAUACAUAUUAUACACUAUAAAAUGUACCUUGUAAACAUACACCAACACUAAAAUUAAAGUGUUUUUUUUACAACAUUGUCUGUAAAGUCCUCUCUUAUGGUACUUAACUGUUAUUUUUAAGUCAUAUGCAGCAAGAAUUGAGAAUAUGUGCUAUAGAUAUGCUUGUGCUAUAUACUGUAUAUUUUAUUUAAACAUUGGUUACACUCCAUCUGGUUGACUCCUGUGGCUGAUGUAUUUCCUGUGAUGUGAUUCCCGUGACAGCAUACCCAGCAGACUGUAUUAACAUGUAAAUAUUCAGUGUUGUCACCCAUCAUCGUGCCAUCAGAGGUAAAUUGUUAAAACUAAGCUGUCCAACAGGAUUUAGACAAUCCAAAGCUUGUAAACUGAAUGAACAGUUCCUCCCAAAGAUAGAACUGCCACGUCUUACAUGCUAAACAAUCCUAAUCCAUAUAAAUGACAGUGCUUAGUGUUCAAUCAACAGUCUUUUACUGUAGAAAGUGCUGUAAAAAAAGGGGUUUUAUUCCUCUGUCUUACCUUUAUUUCUCUCAGGAU